UUGAGAGAGUAAGAUUCGGUCGGUCGUAAAAACCGUCCCGAGAGGCGAUCGUUCGCGCGCUUUCGAUCGUCGUCGGCAACGUUGGCGGAUAAACGCCUUCGAAAAGCAAACGGCCAAAGUGCGAGAACCGCUUUGCGAGUCAAUGCGUAGGAAUGAUCUUUCGUCUUGGCACGCCGUGAUCGCAGACAGAAGGGAUGCAGGAGAUACGGUGGGAUAGAGAACUCUUUAGAAACGCUGCGGAGGCUGGACCUCUGGAUAUCGUGAAGCUUCGCAAGGGAGAUAAGCUCCUGAACAUUUCGUGUCACUUGCCGGCAAACACUCCCGACACGCCCUAUGUUCUUCAGGUCGUCGGUGCUCACCCCGCCUCCUCGGGGAUGAUGGAGCUGGAAGUUUUGCGGGCGCUCGAGAGCCGCGUGGCGACCCUGGAGCGAGAACUGCGCGAGCACCAGGAGGCCGUUUGCGCGUCACCACCGUUGGCACUUCGGGAACUUAAGAGGCAGGUCGACAGCUUCAAGAACAAGCUCGAGACUACCGAGCACCUCAGCUGGCUGGGUUUCUACAAGCAACUCCCAGAACCCAUUUCUUCGGAAGCAUGUAGAAGGUUGCAAUAUCGUCGGAAGAGCGACGGUAUAAAGCGCAAAGUGCGAGAAAAGUUCCUCAAUAUCUGCGAGGUGGCCAUGUCAUCGAACGUUCGGGAAUGGCUUCGCUCGCCGGCCUUCGAUGCCCGACAAUGGGAAGACGAGGAGCUCCUACUGAUGCUGCAAACGAUGUUCGUCGAGCUCGACCUACCUCAAAAGUUCAACAUUCCCUUGUACGUUCUGAGGAACUUCCUUUACGAGGUCUACAUAAACUACAACGAGGUGCCGUUCCAUAACUUCCGGCACUGUUUCUGCGUCGCGCAAAUGAUGUACGCGAUAGCUUGGGCGGUGGACUUGCCGUCGCGGAUCGGCAAUCUCGAGGUCUUCGUCCUGAUCGUCUCCUGCAUAUGCCACGACCUCGAUCAUCCGGGCUACAACAACAUCUAUCAGAUAAACGCGCGUACCGAGUUGGCCCUGCGCUACAACGACAUCUCGCCCCUGGAGAAUCAUCACUGUUCGGUGGCCUUUCGCGUCCUAGAGGCUGCCGAGUGCAACAUCUUGGCGUCCUUGGACUGUUCGACCUACAGGACGGUGCGCGAAGGCAUCAUACGAUGCAUUCUCGCGACCGACAUGGCCAGGCAUAACGAGAUACUCGCCCAGUUCACCGACAUCGUGACGGACUUCGAUUACGCGAACAGGGCCCACAUUAAUCUGCUAUCGAUGAUCCUCAUAAAGGUCGCCGACAUCAGUAACGAGGCACGGCCUAUGGAAGUCGCGGAGCCGUGGUUGGACAGGCUGCUUCAAGAGUUCUUCAAGCAGAGCGACGCGGAGAAACUCGAAGGGCUUCCAGUAACUCCAUUUAUGGACCGUGACAAAGUGACAAAACCCUCGUCGCAGUGCAGCUUUAUCGGCCUAGUUCUUCUUCCUCUCUUCGAAGCCCUCGGCGAGCUGUUUCCAGAACUUGAGGAUCUCAUAGUGCGGCCGGUGAGAGAAGCUCUCGAGUACUAUCGAAGACUGAACGAGGCGGCGAAGGACGAGCGACAUCAUCGCAAGAGCGUGGUCGAUCUCGGAGAAUCGAAUCAGUCGUUGGCUCAGGUCGGUAACGCGACCAGCUCGACGGCCGCGACCGCGGCUUCUCCGGCGACUGCCGCGUCGGCCUCGGCCUCGGCGUCGGCCUCGGCCUCGGCCUCGGCGUCGGCAACGACGUCGGUCGUUAAGUCUACCUCGUCUCACAGCAUGCGCUCGAAACGUUCCGGUGGUACCGUUCACUCGAGAUCGCGCUCGACGGAGGAGGACAUCACGGAGAAUCUGACGCUCGAGGAAGCGGACAACCUCGAGAGUUCGGAUCCCGAGACGGCGACCGAGGUCGAGAUAAGCGAGAAGACGUUAAAGUUUAAAAUCUCGACGGAGGGUGCGACGGUCGGAUCCGGCUCGCACUCCGGCAGAAAGAGUUAUCCCGGUAGUCGAAAGGGCAGCAGGGAGAAGUCCUCCUUGGAUCAUCACAAUUACGAGCUGGCGCGAGCCAUGAGGGAGCACGAGCGCGAGCGCGAGCGCGAGCGCGAGAGGGAGAGAGAGAGGAGACGAAGCCGCGGCGAGAACAAUCUCGGAAGCAAUCUCAGCUCGCCGGUUAGCGCGAGAUCGACCGACGGCAGCAGGAUCCUCGAGGAACUCGAGCGAGACGAUUCCAUCUUCUUCGAUGGAGGGAACGUCAACAACGAGACGCCGCAGAUGGUCGAAGGGAACGGGAACGCGAUCGGCGGCUGCCGAGAGGAACCUGCCAGAAGGAACGGCUCGAAGCGUCCAUCCUCGUCCGGCGUCGGUCGCAAGGACGUGCCGAUAAUUCGACGAGAGUCGGUCGUCUCUUUGCGUUGCUCUUGCGACGACAAAUCCUCGAAUAAUCACAAGUCGCUGCUGUCGCGUUUGAGGAACUUUACGGAUCGUUUGAGCAUUAGUUUCGACUCCAAAGAUUCACCUAGUCCAAGAGCCACCAAAUACGUGGCGAAAAGUCUGAAUAAAAGCAAUACCGUGAGCACCGGUACUUGCACCGCUAUCGCCAGGCGCCGCCAACAGCAACAGCAACAGCAACAGCAACACGAUCCCACGAGCCUCGUGUGCAAGCGAUGCAAUCUCAGGAAAGUGACGACGAGCAAGGAGCACGCCGGGAAGAUGCCGACGACGACGGUGGUCGAGUUGUCGAGCGUAGAGAAGAGAGCUAUGACAUUGCCGAAGGUGAGGAAGACGCAGGACUCCAAGAGCAAGGGUUGGAAGACGGUCUUUGCGAAGGAGAGAAAGUCGUCGGCCUCGUUGGAAGUUUUACCCGGCGAGAACGCGGGCGACGAUAGGAGGUCGAUCGAAUCGAAGCAUCGUAGAAAUCUGUCGAAUCCGGAAGGUAAAUGUUCGAAGGGACGAAAGGGUCUCGACGUCGACAUCGACAUAGGCGUAGACAUCGACAUCGAGUUUAAGGAGAUCGAGGUGCGUCCGCCCAGCAGCGUCGGCCAGCGACAACGGAAGAAACCGGAGAUCGUGGUUGAUCCGGAUAGCUCGUCGCCUCGCGGAUUCGACGACGCCGAUUCGGACAUGGGAAAAGUCGAGAUCAGACGGAGCUCCGCCAGUAUGGAGGACAUAUCGAAGAUCACGAAGCAAACCGAGACCGUUCUCUUGGGCUCGUUGGAGGCGAAAAAGGCGGAGGACCUUCAGCACACGGGUAGUUUGGACUCGAUGCUUUGCAAGGAGUCGGUAAAGGCGAGCAAAAAGACGAACGCGUUCUCGUCGCCUGCCGCCUCGAAAAAGUCGUCGCCGGGUCUCUUUUCGCGUUUCAAGUCCGGCAUGAGCAUCGACAGCACGAGGAGCAACAGCAACAGCGGUUCGUUGCACGAUCAGGGCUCGCAACACUCUCAGACCGGCUGGAUAUCGUCCUUGACAGCGAGUUUCCGGCCAAAGAGACAAAUCACGAGCGAGGUGCCGUCCUCGUCGUCGCCGGCCGCCCAGUCGCAGAAAUCCCAGAGCCGCGAGGAGAUCAAGUGAUACGUCCUUCGCGUCGAUCGAGAAGCCGAGAGAGAUGGAUCUUCCGAUACGUCGCGUCGAGAAUGGUGGGCCCGACAGCCGUUCUGCUGCAACAGCUAAUUCUAGCGCGACUCAGCGACGAGCUCGGAAGUAUCUUAUUCGGCUCGCGAUCGAGCGCGAAUUCGAUUUGCCAAAUCGCUACCAAAUUUUUCCCAGGAGUUCCAGCGAUCGCGCUUCGACCAUGGAAUCGACCAAAUUUGUAACGAGACUUUCAAAUUCCUUGGAUUUCAGUGUAGCGUCUCAUUCUCCCGCUGCUGUACGUGACUUCCUACGUCGAAUCGCGCCACGCGAUUAUUUUCCUCCUUUCUUCCUUUUUUGCUCCUUUUCUUUCUUUCGAAAAAAAAAGAAAAAAAAAAUAGUUUUUACUUUAUUUAUUGUCGAAUCAUGGCACAGCCUAACGAGUAAAUGUCAAUGUUGUUCGUUGAAUAGAUGCGCGUAUAUACCUAUAUACAUAUAUAUACGUAUAUAUGAAUAUACGGAUAAGCCGUAAGAAGGUGUAUUCGUCUCGUUCGACGUCGGACAACACAUCGUGUACGCAUACGUGUGUCGCUUAAGCGCGUUUUACGCAUGUGUGCAGCUAUCUGUGUACAUAUAAGACACGUCACACACAACAAGUUUAUAUAUGUAUAUAUAAUAUAGGAUAUGCUAGUUAGAUAGAGAAAAGAAAUGUCGAUUCGUAGACGGAUCGAUUCUUGCGCGUAUGAUCCAGAAACGAACGAGAGAUGAUAGGUACGAGAUAGGUGGGUAUACCUGGAUACCUAGCGGUAACGAGAAAGACGCAGCCUAAUUGUCUUUCUCGUUCCAUCGACCGCUCGAUCCCUCGACGUUUUGUUGCUCGGAGAAACACGCGCCUUUUCAUCUUUGAUUUUUAUCUACGUUUACUUUUUUCCUGCUUUCCUUUUUUUUAGAUGUUUAUAUUUUUAUACUAUUACAUCGGCGUGUCCGUAAGCGAUUAAGAAACCGCACGUAUUGUUGAACUCUAGUCUUAUGUUAUCGUUUUCGAGAGAGAAAGAAGAGAGUGAGUGAGAGUGAGAGUGAGAGUGAGAGGGGGAACUAGGGUAUUUUUUAGUUUCUUAAUUUUUUUCCCCCUUAUUUCUUUUUUCUUCUCUUUUUUAUUUUUGUUCUCUUUUUUUUUUUUUUUUAACAACGACCGUAGCUUUAUUCUUUAGGGUAGAAUUACCCUUGGACUUUAACGAUCUCAACGAUCGUUUUGCGUUAACGCGCCUAACGUUCCUUUCAACCCUUUUCCUUCCGUUGCGUCGAGGAAAAAGGCUCGUUAAGUUUUAUCGAAGGAAAAUAGUCGAGAAAUCAAAUGAAUGCGAGGAGCAAUGUCUACGAGUUGACUCUAACGAUCUUUUUAAAUUUCGAGGUACGCCUCUCCAUCGAAUCAAAAAUCGUAACUUUCAGGAAAUGCUAAACAAAUAUCGUUCUACCUGUGUAUGUCGAUUCGUCGAUCGUCUGUCUGUCUGUCUGUCUGUCUGUCUGUCUGUCUGUCUGUCUGUCUGUCUGUCUCUUUCGAAUAUAAAUGUGCAAACUUCGUUUAGAUGUAUGAACUUUUAUCCUAAAGAUUGCAAGUAGAAAAGGAUUACCUUUUACAUCGGUAUAUGUUGGCAAUUCGGAGGGAUUCUAAAUCGUAGAAUGAGAAUUGGGAGGAACGAGUGUGCUACGUCGUCCGUUCAGAGAGAGAGAGAGAGAGAGAGAGAGGGAGAGAGAGGGAGAGAGUGAAAGUCGCGUAAAGUAAAUGUAUAGACUAUAUAUGAUCAAUUAUCAAACACUAUCUGUGCCUGA